UGCUCUAGUGUUGCUCCAUUGUGUGGGGCGAGUGUGGUCAGUGAGAGGAGCAGAUGUUGGCUGUGGAAGGGGACGGCAAUCCCAAUCUAGACCUGGACCAGUAGCCGUCCUGUCAUCUGGAUUGAAUGGAUUCAGGCACCAGGUCCAGGACUCUGCCUCAGCCCUUGCUGCUGCUGUCCCUGAGCUUCCUGCACCCCAACCUCCUUGAGUCAACGUGGAGGAAGAUUGUGAGACCAAACACAGGCAGGAUGAGGAAGCAAAGAGGUGUCAGAAAGCAGAAGUGGGCCCUGCAGACUGGAAUCUCCGUGAGGAGGCUUGAAAUUAUCCCCCCUCAGGAGCCUGGCAUUGCUGUGGGUGACGUCUGUGCUGCAGACAUGACCCCAGGGGACGGGAGGCCGUGGCUGCCUGCAGCGCUGCUCCUUCUGCAGGUCCCAGGUUGUUGGUCUCUGUGUGGCCCCACCUCCGUGACGGGCCCCGUGGGGGGAUCCCUGAGCGUGCAGUGUCAGUACGAGGAGAAGUUCAAAGAGAAUGUCAAGUACUGGUGCAAGACCCCAUGUAUGGGGGAUAUUGUGAAGACUGAAGAGGCAGACAAAGAAGUGAGGAGUGGCCGUGUGUCCAUCAGGGACCAACCUGCAAACCUCACCUUCACAGUGACCUUGGAGAACCUCACAGAAGGUGAUGGAGGAACAUACCGGUGUGGCAUCGAUACAUCAUGGCUCCCAGAAUAUUUGCUCGACCUCACCUUCCGAGUUGUGUUGUCUGUGACCCCAGGCUCUUUGUCUCUGAGUGGCCCCAGCACUGUGAUGGGCACCGUGGGGGGAUCCCUCAGCGUGCAGUGUCAGUACGAGGAGAAGUACAAGACAUUUACCAAAUACUGGUGCCGACAACCAUGCUUACUACUUUGGAACCCAACUGUGGCCACUGGAAGGUCUGAGGAAAAGAUGAGGAGUGGCCGUGUGUCCAUCGUGGACCAUGCUGAAGAACUCACCUUCACAGUGACCUUGGAGAACCUCACUGCAGAUGAUGCAGGAAAAUACAGGUGUGGGAUUGCAACAAUACUGCAAGAAGAAGGACUCCAUGGUUUCCUGCCUGACCUCUUUUUCCAGGUUCAAGUGUUUGUUUCCCCCAGGUCUCUGCUUAGCAACGUCCACUUCCUGCUUCUCAUACUCCUGAAGGUGCCCCUGUUUCUGAUGAUGCUCAGUGCCGUGCUCUGGGUCAACAGACCUCAAUGGGCAAUUUGUGGGACACAGAGUCGACCUGAUGAAGACAACAUGCAGCCCUACUUGUCUAUCAACAUCCUGUCCAGAGACACUGCCACUCAGACUAGAAGAGGAAGGACUUCUGGCCCCAAACCUUCUAUCUCUUCUCACCUUGCUCCCCAAAACUGGUAAAUUUAAGUAAAUCUUGAGAAAAUGCAAUAAAAUAUGACACACACACACACACACACACACACACACACAGAGUUGUGUGUAUAACAUAGAUGUGCAUAGUGCUUGGCUGGGAGAAGGGGGAAAGCGUUCCAUAGGACCCCUAAAUGCCAGCAGAGAGUGUCAAGCACAGGCUGGUUGUCCAGAGGAGCCCAAGGUGAGGGCCUGCUCUUUGAUGAUGCUGACCCCUGAGACCCCCCAGGGCAGCCUCCCACCUCAACAUUCCUUCCUUCCUCCAUUCACUCGCCAAAUAUUCACCAAGAACCUAUGUAGCUCCAGCCUGUGUAGACAUUGACCUAUGAGAAAUUACCAAAAACGGUCCCAGCCUGAGCUGGGUUCUUGGGAGCGUGGAUGGCAGAAGGAGGGGCAGGGCUUAGGACAAAGCAGCUGUUUGUGGAGCCAGGUCCUGCCCAGGCAAACCCUCUCUCUCUUCUCAGUAUUGGACCAUCUAAUGUCCAAAGUCAACAGCUGAGCUGAGGGGUUGGGGGUGGGUAUAUAUCCAGAUAUCCAAGUCUGGCCCAAAUGUGGUUAUUAGGUGUCCAGGGUCUUGGAUCAGAGACAUCUGGGGGCAGAAAGGAGGGACCUGGUCCUUCCUCCUGAGGCAGCAGCUCAGUGUCUGUCCCCGUGUCCCUCCCUCCCGGGUCCCUGCUUAGCAGGGUCCUCUUCCUGCUCCUGGUCAUCCUGAAGGUGUCCCUGCUCCUGACCAUGCUCACUGAUGGACUCGGUGUGUCCUCUCUCCUUGUGGGGACCCCCACCAAGAGACGCUUCAGCCCUUCGUGCCUUUGGAUAUGCUGCCCAGACACACAGCCCUUCAGAGGAGAGAAGAGAAGAUUCACCACAUCUGAUUUACCCAUUUUUCUGUUGAUGGCUUAGGAUUGUUUCCCGCUGGGGCUAUUCCACAGCCAGUGCUGCCAUGAACUUUCUUGUACAGGUCACCUAGUCUGUAUGUGACAUGAUUUCACUAGGGUACAUACUUAGGGGUGGAAUUGCUGGGGUUUAGGGUUUGUGCACACUCAACCACACUAGAUAAUGCC